AUGUCUGAAAUUACAGAAUUAACACAUUGUGGUCCAUCACUCUGUGUUAAAUUUUUCGAACACUAUGUUUUUGCUGCAUAUGGACCAUUGUUAAAAAUUUAUGAAUAUAAAACUGGAAAAGUUGUGAAUACAUGUCGAGUACUUAAAAAGAAUAAAGUUCAUGGCAUUAGCAUUGGGAAAUCUGGUAAUAUACUAGCAUAUGGUGCUAGAUCGGUAUCUGUUUUCCCUAUGUCAGAAGCAUUGAAGAAAGAAUCUGUACAAAAGUACGAGAAUAUAACUACGGAAUGGAUUACUAGUUCUGAAUUUGAUUAUACUGAGAAAAAUAUUUAUAUGCUAACUUGUUACAAUAAAAUAUUAGUCUACAAUCUAGAAAGCAAAUCUAUUGCUAUUAAGGCUGUACCUGGCGAAAGAUCUAUUUUAUAUUCAGGCUCUAUUAAAGUAUUUUCUGACGAUAAAGCUUAUGCCGUUGCAGGCACUGUUAUGAAUGGUGUAAUUAUUUGGGACUUAAUUACCGAAAAGAUGUUCCACAAUUUAACCGGCCAUGAAGGUGCAAUUUUUAAUGUCAUUUUGAGUGAUGAUGGUAAAUUAAUUGCAAGUUGCUCUGAUGACCGUUCAAUUAAGUUGUGGGAUUUUACAACUGGCCAAGAGCUUACUACUGGUUGGGGUCAUACAGCCAGAAUAUGGUAUUUAAAAUUUUUUGACAAUGAUAGAAAAUUAAUUAGUGUAUCUGAAGAUUGCACAUGCCGUGUUUGGUCUGUUUCCCGCUCUUCUACUGGCAAAAUUGAAUUAGUUCAAGAAAAUAUUAUUGAGGCUCAUCAAAUUAAAAACGUUUGGGGAGUAGACGUCCAAGAAAGUGAAAAUAUAGCUGUUACAUCAGGUAAUGAUGGUAGGAUCAGAGUUAUCGAUUUAGCACCUGUUUCAAGAUAUGGUAAUGAACUACAAUCGUUUUCAUUAAAUGAGUUAUCCAUAAAACAUGGAAUUAAAAUGGAAAAAGGUGAAAUGUUUAAAGGCUUCCAACCCUUUAAAUUUGGUCUUAUUGCUGCUACUUCCUUAGGUAAAAUCUUGAUGUUUGAUCAGAUAUCAAACUCUUGGUCCUUGUUGAUGACCGAUUCAAGACUUACUUCUUAUUCAAUCUUUCAUGGUAUUAAAGAGGAAAAUAUCGCUGUUAUUGCUAACAAUAAGUCCGAAUUACUUGUAUUAAAACUAUCAGAAGAUGGUAAAACAAUAAUUAAAGAAUCUAAACUUCAUUAUGACAAUUUAAGUAAGACCAUUAAUUGUUUGGUUACUAAAUUUGACGAAAAAUCUCUAUUUAUACUUUUAGAAUCUCCAAACCCUAAUGACCAACUACAAGGUCUCCAACUGUCUAAUAAUACUCUUGAAAUAAUUAACGAAUAUACGUUUACAAAACCAAAAAAUUUUACAACUUCGUCAGUAGCUAUAAUUGAAAAUUUACUCAUAAUUGGUUCGAGAUUUAGUACUGUCGGUAUAUAUUCUUUAACUAAGGAACAGAAGGAAUGCUAUCUAAUCAAAGGAAUUAAUGAAGGUGAUAAUAUCACAUCAACUACCUUCAUUAGUAAACUACCUAACGCAUUGAUUUUUUCCGUUACAAGUAGAGAUGGAUAUUACAAUUUUAUCAAAAUACAUAUAUCUAAAACUUUCGAAAUUGCCAAGCAUGAAAUUAUCUACUCAAACAAAGUUGCCCGUGGUUUCUUAGAGGGUAGCUUCAUUGAUGAAAAUGACGAUUUUAUAAUAUACGGGUUCAAGUCAAGUUUAUUUUACCUGUAUAAUGAAACCAAAUGCUAUGAAUUGGCAAGCCAACUUUGUGGUGGUGCUCACCGUCAAUGGAACUUUGAAGAAUUUAAUGACUAUUUUAUGUUAGUAUUUAUUCAAUCAUCUACAUUACAUAUUAGAAGAAUUAACAAAUUAAAAUUUCCUCACACAUUAUCUGAUGGCUUACAUGGCAGAGAAAUCCGAGACAUUACUAUCAGAAGUAGUAAAUCUUACAAAAAUGGUUAUCUGUUUUGUACUGGCUCUGAAGACACUGGUAUUAGAUUGUCAUAUUUUGAUAUAACUACUAAUGAGAUAAAUACUUAUUGGUUUGAAAGACAACACGUAUCAGGUUUACAAACUUGCUCGUUUAUUAGCAAUAACCUGAUGAUUUCUACAUCCGCCCGUGAAGAAUUAUUUUUGUGGAAAUUAAAUACUGACACUGAAGAUCGUCCAUAUAUGAAUUUACUUCAACACUUGCCAACAUCUAUGGAUACACCAGAUUUAAGAAUUAUGGACUUUUCAGUUAAGUUCAUUGAAGAAACUGUAGAUUUUGUACUAGCUACGAUUUAUUCGGACUCCACUAUCAAAAUUUGGUACUAUAACUCUGAUGAGAAUAAAUUUAAGCUAAUUAUUGGAGGACGCUAUGAAACUUGUUGUUUGACAAAUGCUAAUUUUGUCACUUUAAACCAAAAAUUGUAUUGUGUUGUAACCCCUACUGAUGGGUAUAUUGUUGUUUACAAUAUUACCGAAGCUAUUCAAUUUGAAUUAUCUGAAAGUAAUACACUAGUUAAUAAUGAAAAGGAUCUUACACAGACUGCUUUACCAAUGUAUGAAACGCGUAUUAGAGUCCAUCAAUCUGGUAUCAAGUCAAUGGACACACAAGUUCUUGAUAAUACUUUGAAAGUGUAUACCACUGGUGAUGAUAAUGCUAUUGGCUUAACUAUAUUUAAACUUGAUACUUCAACCAAAAAAUUAGAAGGUAUAACCAAUAGUUUUAUCGAAAGGGCCAAUGCAUCGACAAUUACAUCAUGCAGCUUAUUUAACAAUAACUCGAAGUUGCUAACUACAUCUGUAGAUCAAAUUGUCAAGAUUUACGACAUUUCUAACGAUCAAUUAGACCUAAUAAACGAGCGAUACACUACGAUAGCUGAUACAGGCUCUUGUGAUACUAUUGAUUUAAGUGAUGGGUCUUCGCGUUUAUUGAUUGGUGGUGUAGGCUUUUCUUUAUGGAAAUGGACUCAAUAA